CUCAUAAUACUGGAGUCUGGAGUCACUGAUUGACUGUGCUAAGGAGUCUUGAGCCUUGAGACUCUUCUUGGCCCUGCUGGCAAUAGGAGCUCUAAACAAUUAUCCAUAUCAGGUUGCUUCUGACUGAAGAUCUAUCAGAAUGAGCAUUUACAACCCAACCACACUCCAAGAGCUGGCAGUACAGAGCUUGCUGUGGAAUGAGGCCUCAACCAUCUCUACUCUGGAGUACCUGCCCAUUAAUCUCUUCCCAUCAGUGUUCAAGGAGGCCUUCACUGGUAGACACAUGGAGCUAUUGAAGGCAAUGGUGGCUGCUUGGCCGUUUUCCUACCUUCCUGUGGGGACCCUGAUGAAGACUCCAGAUGUGGAGUUGUUGCAAGCUGUUCUGGAUGGUGUAGAUAUUCUGCAGACACAGCAGGUUCGUCCCAGAUGUUGGAGGCUUAAAGUUCUUGACUUGAGGAAUAUGAACAAGGAUUUCUGGGAUGUAUGGUCUUGCAGAGACUGGUACAGCUCUACAGAGACUGAAUGUAAUACACAAGUAUGCAAUGAGCUGAGGCGGGAUUUGAAGGUAGUCACUGACCUUAUCCUCAGGUUCCAUUUGAAAGAACACCAAACAUGCUUGUUGCAGUGGUUCCAGCAGAGGAAAGACUCUGUGCAGCUGUGCUGUGUGAAGAUGAAGAUUUGUGACUUCCCUGGGGAGACUCUCAAGGAAGUAUUGGAUAUUUUCCUGCCAGAAAAUAUCGAGGAAUUGGAGCUAUCCACUAACCAGGUUAUGUCCUUCCUGGGUCACAUCGCACCUCACCUUGGCCGUAUGACAAGACUUCGCAAAUGCCGUCUAACUCACAUUUUCGUGAACAGAAACACAGUUGUAAAUACCUUGGCAGACCCAGAGGAGAUGUGUGCUGUCCAAUUUCUCUCUCAAAUCUGCAAACUCAACUCACUUAAGCAUCUGACUAUGGAUGUUGUCUCCCUUUCCCCUGACCACACACAGCUGUUGUUUGGACAUGAACUGAUUUCCUUUUCUUUACUUAGAUGCCUGAAGACCCCGUUAGAGUCCUUGAACAUAAGUCACUGCCAUUUGUCCCAGUCAAACUUGAAACACUUUUCUCAGUGUCAGGGGCUCUGUCAACUGAAUAAACUGAAUCUCACUGGUGUAGUGUUUGCCAGGUUGGGUGUCACACAUCUUCGGGUUCUACUUGAGAAUACAGCAGACACAUUGAAGACCCUGGAGUUAGUGAACUGCAGGAUGGAGGACUAUGAGCUCAGUGCCCUCUUGCCUGCCCUGAGCCUGUGCUCACAGCUCACCACUGUGAAUUUCUAUGACAACGACUUCUCCACUGCUGUACUGAAGAAACUCCUGCAAAGCAUGGCCAAUCUAAGAAAAAUGACUGAAGAAUUCUAUCCCGCCCCUCUAGAGUGCUAUGACCCCAUGGGUUUUGUCCUGGUGGAGGAAUUUGCCCAAUUAUGCUCCGAAUUCCUGGAUAUACUUUUUGCCAAAAGGCAGACCAAGACAAUAGCUUUUGCUACAAUCAUCUGCCUUGAAUGCAGUAUGCGUUGUGUUUAUGACAUGGAGGCCAAACUUUGUCAGUGCUGGCAAUAAAUAGGAAAAGAUUGCUUCUGGAUACUGAGAAAUGAAAGUCUAUGGUUUGGAUUUGCAACACACAAAUUCAUACAAUGUGUGAUAUAUUGAAAACAAAGAUUGUUCAGGAGAUGCACACCUUAGAGACUAACUUGACUUGAAGUGUAAUGGGAGCACAAUUGUCUUGUCCUAUCAGAAGGCAAUUUUGCAUUUCUAACUGUGCCUCUGUCAAAACAUGAUCACCACUGACCUGCCAAUAUCUGACAGUUGUAAUCAUAUUGUCAGACUAGAAACUUGGAUGUUCUUCCCUCGUGUCCUAAGUCAUUGAUCUCAGUUUUAUGUCAUAGUCAAUGUGUCUUGUGAAUGCAUGAGUACAAUCAAGUACAUUAUGAUCCAAGGCUUGCCAGCAUCAAAAUUAAUUGAAGUUAUUUAUGACAUUGUCUUUCCCCUCUUAACUUCCCAUGGAUAGCUUCUCAGUAUAUAAUGUGUACAGACUUACUAAAGUAAACACAGCAGUGUAGCCCUGAUCUCCUUUGAAGCUAGUUUUGGAUAAAUAGGAGUUUACAUCCCAGGAUACUUAGAAAACAGGUGCUACACAUGCCUGAAGAUGACUGAAGCCAAAGUCCUUACCUUGAGACCUGACUGACCUGAGACCUGGUUGUUAACUGUUUGGUUGUAAGCUCUGUCUUCAUUUGAUAAGAGUGUAGCCAAGUCUGCUAUUUUAUUGUAUCACAUAGCAAUAAGAUGAUGUUUGGCAUACUGUAUUUCCAUUGUUCUUUAUUA